AUGUCGACGACUCUAGAUUCUAGGAAGAAGGCCAAGGAGGCUGCCAAAGAGGCUGCCAAAAACCAGCCCUCUGCAUAUCACAUCCGGACCGUCGACUUCAUACCUAUUGCCGAGGCUAUUGCCAAACAAGCCAAGAAAGUCAAAGUGCCAUCUCCGCUCCUGACAGUGUUCGGCAGAGCUAUAAAAGCUAGGAAAGAGGCACAAGCUUGGUACAAAUCUGCUAAACUUGAAGAUGAAGGGCAUAAUCACUUCAUAAACAUACUGUCCAGAGUCCAGGAAAUUCUGCGCCCUUUGGUUCCUGUCGCCAGAGCCAUUAAACCGGAGAAGUCCAAUGGUGUCGACAAUCGGUUCAAAAAGCUGACGGUGGAGGAAGUAGCGGACACGUCGCCAAAAGAGAAUGUUGAACAGCAAGCCACUUUGCCGCCGGUUGUCACAGCGGAUAUCGAGCAGAGCGAAGAAGAGGCCGAAGAGGAGUUUUUCUUCGCAAUACAUUCGUUUCUCGCAGGAAUCCACGAGAUUCAGGACGUGGUACAAGAUUCCUGGUUCAAGACACAGGACUUCAACAGGGACCUUAUGGCGUCGGCUCUGCUCACAAACACUGCGAUAGAUCUUGUCAGGCGUGCUGAGAGCGAAUUCGACCUUAAUCUCAAGCGCCCAUCCAGAUACCCAGUAUCAAAGUUUCCUGUGUGGUCCCUUCCUGCGCUCUUAUAUCAUCACUACCACCCAUUGCCGGAUGAUGUCAAGAUCCACAAGGUAGUGGUCCCCUCAGAUGUUAGUAUUCAGUUCAAUGAGGACGAGUACGAUAAGAUUCACGCCAAUUGGUGCUUUUGGCCUGCCUACACAGGUCUGCGAUUCUGUGUGAACCGCAUCAAGAAAUUCCCCUAUCUUGACGCCAACGAGGACGAGCUUCAGGCGAUUGGUGCGGAUUCAGUGCCACAGAUUAGGAGGACGUUCGAGCUUGCCAAAGCGUUCCGGGUGUACACCUCAGCACACCAACGAUUUUGGGCUCAAGAUGAGGUAACCCGCGGCAUGAAGAUCAUGUUCACAGAUAAAGCCAUCCCCAUUUGGGUCACAUUUGGCAUCCAGACGCUUCUCGACAUCCAGGACAUCAAGGAUAAUCGUAUGGGUGAAGGCAAAGGCUUCAACAAUUCGUUCACUCAUGCUCGGGUAACACUAAACGACGAGCUGAAUGAAUGGCCGGCGUUUGAUGGAUGGGAAGCCCCGUUCCCGGAGCUAUUUGGUCCUCAUACUCCAUCUGGAGAUGAACGCUCUCGGUGCAGGGACACCAUGGACAUCUAUCACCAGCUUAUGGAACAUUCUGACAUCCCUGCACUCAAAUAUAACCCAAUACGUUGCGGUUUGAUCAAGUACGAUGUCUACUUCCAACUACAUAUUUGCGGCUGGCAUCUCGAGGGGCAGAGUGGCCUUGCGUGCGUCUUGGGCCACCUCUAUACUGCGGGUAAACUACUUUAUCCAAACGACCCUACUUGGCCUGACAUGGAAUACCUCCUCUACUCUCAGGAUCCAAAUCACAUCUUCUACGGCGGCAUACCCAAAACCCUUGACGAGUCAUACCGUAAGAUUAAUCUUGCCUUUGGCAGCAAGAUGCCCCGCAUAGACAGCAGUGGGAAAUACCGUUUCCACAAAUCAAGUCGAAUGUUUCAAGAAACGAGCUUAUUGAGUCCGAUUCUGCAGAGUAGGAUGACAGGAUGGAGCGACCACACCAACGAGUCCGUGAACGAGCUUGCCAGUAACCUCAAUGUCUUGCUGUGCGACAAAACCAAACAAGGGCAACUAGCACGCCAGUUGGGCGCAUCACCGGAUUGGGUUGAAAGUGAGAUUGACACUCGUCGGGUGGUGCGACUGUUCGAGGAUGGUCCGGCAGAUGGCUCUCCUGUGCUGCUUCGCGAUCUGUCUCUAUUUAUAGAGGGCGAGAUGCAGAACGUCUACUUCGACUGGAUUUCGAUGUACCGAAUCUGUGGAGACAUAUGGAAAGAGAUAUUAUCGGAACUAGCCGGAGACCCUGUCCUGGCGAAGCUCAUGCCAAAGCCCACACCCGGGCUAGGCUUAUACAUUCUCAAGAUAGCUUCCGAAGAUGCAGCCAAGCAGAAAAAGAUCGAUCUCGACGAUCCAGAUCUCGCACCGCAGCUUCGAAAGGUAUGGACUUGCAUCCAGAGAGUCAUCCACAAGCGUUCGUCACACGAGUUCACCCCGCAAUACAACAUGUGUAAAGCCUGGCUUGGCGACAAAUGUCUGGCUCAGCAAAUGGCUCGCACAUACCACACGGUAGCUUGGCAGCUGGUUGGUUAUAACGUUCCCCAGCUCUAUAAAUUCUACGAGAACUGGGAUUUCGACGACAAGAAAGAUAGCGGCGUGCUCGCCCAAAUCCCUGCUCACAAUCGCAUGAACGAGAUAUACCGCGAACGCAACCGAGAUCUACUGUUAGGAGGCCUGCGCGAUGAGUGCAUAAGGGACAAGUAUCACAGCAAUGACCACUGCGGACGCUGUCGCCGCCGUAAUUUCUUCCUUGACCAUUACGGCUCAGUGGCAUCGCUCAGAGGUACAGAGCUAGUGCAAAAACACCUAGGGCGGAAGUACCACGGACAAGACGACAAGAGUUUGGAAGAGGAUGAUGUACGGAAAACCGUGCUCAAGAAACUGUUUGAAGAAAACGGUAUUACGUUUAUCGACGGCGACGAUGAGGAAGGCGAUGAGGAUACUUCUGACACUGGGGAGGGUGAGGUGAUAGAGGGGCAUGAAGAUGCGAAGAUUAGGCCUACAGUUGACGGGAAGUUCCAGGUCGAGAUGUCGGUCAGGUCUAUGUUCCAUCGGCCAGGUGUUUGGCAGAGUCUUGGUAGUCGUCCGAGCAGCGAGAACGGCAGCGAGGACGGCAGCGAGGACGGCAGCGAGAACGGCAUCCACGAUUCUUAG